AUGCCCAUGUGCGGUGGAACAAAGUCUGUGCAGCGCAAGCUGGUGCUGCUCGGUGACGGUGCAUGCGGCAAGACCUCAUUACUUAAUGUAUUCACAAGAGGUUACUUUCCAACAGUAUACGAGCCUACAGUAUUUGAGAACUACGUACACGAUAUCUACAUCGACAACACACACGUCGAGCUUAGUUUAUGGGACACCGCUGGACAGGAAGAAUUCGACAGGCUACGAUCGCUGAGCUACGAUGACACCCACGCGAUCAUGCUUUGCUUUUCGGUCGAUUCACCAGACUCGCUCGAGAACGUAGAAACGAAAUGGGUCGGCGAGAUAGCAGAGAACUGCCCUGGUGUUAAGCUCGUUCUGGUUGCACUCAAGUGUGACCUGCGGAAAAAAGAAGAUGACGACGCGGAUGACCAACAGCCCGAGAAGCCAUGUAUCGACUAUAAUGAGGGUCUUCGCGUAGCAGAGAAGAUCAAGGCUCUGCGAUACUUGGAAUGCUCUGCCAUGAAGAACCGAGGUGUCAACGAGGCUUUUACCGAAGCCGCCCGUGUGGCUCUGCAAGUCAAGACUAGCAAAGACAAGAGCGGCGGUUGUACCAUCCUAUAG